GGCAGCAGGACUACAGCUCCCAGCGCUGUCGUCGGGGGCGGUGGGUGCGGCUGCUGCCGCUCGGAGGGAGCGGGGCUGGGCGUGCAGUGGGCGGUGCUCGUGUGGGAGGCGCUCCUGGCGUGGGAGAGCUGAGCGGGACAUGGCCGAGGCGGAGCUGCUGCCUCUCGAGGGCUCGCCCGGCGCCGAGCCCCGGAGGGUCCGCGGCGGGAGCGAGAGGUCGGGGCCGCCGGGGCUGCCCGGCGGCGACACGCGGGAGCUGCUGCAGGAGGUGGAGAUGCAGAUCGGCGACGCCGCCUUCUCGCUGGCGAAGAUCCUGGAGGCGACGUCGGCUGUGUCGGCCCAGGUGGAGGAGCUGGCCACCAAGUGCUCGGAGAAUGCCCGGUUCCUCAGGACGUGGCGGGACCUGCUGAGGGAGGGCUACGAGUCCCUGAAGCCCAGCGGCUGACGCUGGCCCUGCCCGCCGAGCCGCCCGCUCGGCCUGGACUGCAGCGGGGCUCAUUUCGACCGCUUCCUUUAGGGAGCUCACGUGGAGUUUUGUUUUCCCCCAGAGUUCUUUCACAAAUACUUGAGGGCUCUCGUAUGGAUUUUUUAUGUUAGUCUACCAACUUUGUUUAGGGAAUCAGUUUUGACUUUUAGGUUCUUCUUAGAAGCUCAAGCGAUCUCAGUACUCUCUUUUUUCUCUCUUUCGUGCUAACGUGGUAGAUUCAAAGUUAGUAUGUGUGUUACAUUCAGAACUCAUUACUGGUAGGGAAGUGGUGUUCUAUGAGGAGGAAUUGUCAUCCUCCUUUUUAAGAGCUGUCAACAGCAGAAACCCUGCCAACCCCGGAGAAACUUGAACUAACUUCAGUUUUUCGUUACACACACUUUUUCUUCACAUUGAGUAUGGGAUAAUGUGCUGUAGAAAAUUCUAUAUCCCAAAUCCUACUAUUUUUAGCAAUUUUUAUUCUUCUGUAAAACUGCAGAUUAUUUUUUGUAAGAUGUUUUAUUACUACAAACAAUUUUACCCUACCUUUUGUUGUAAUAAAGUGCAUUAUGAUGUACCAUAUAUUUCUGCAGGGUAGAAGUUUACCAGCAUUGUUUACUGAAGGAUAGAUUAUUUGAGCUGUAAGUAAAAGCUACCAUUAGUUAGAAAAGAAUCUGUGACAUGUAUUCUCCCAUCGCUGGGGAAGCACUUCAGAGCUUUUCAAUAUUUGGUUCUAUUUUUUAUCUUUGCUUUAAUCAUUGAUUUCUUUGAUGGUCUAGAGCUUACUAUUAAUAGAAUCUUUUGGUCUGAAAGAUGACUGUCUGUAAUAAAUAGCUGUCCUGACACUCCUGUACCUUCACCAAGCACUGUGGAAAAGUUAUGCUGAGAUGCAGUGGCAGGCUGCUGGAGACCAUGACUUUGCCAUGACUUCUUAGCAGGCCUUAUUUUUACUUACAGGAGUUUGAGAAAGACCCACUGUAGUUUGCUUAUGAAAGCAAUAAAGAUGUUGCAACCAUUCAGAA